AUGUCUAAUGUUUCCAUAAAUAGUCAAAAUUUGUAUGACAUAUCACUCAAUUCAAGAAAACUGUCUUGUCCAUCAGUACCACCGCCCCCCUCAAAAAUGGGUGGUGGUGGUGGUGGUGGCUGUUCCACUCCCAAAAGAGUUGCUUCCAGAACUUCUUUACCAACAUUGAAUGAACACACCGCUUCAAUUCCAAAUAUACCGAAAAGACCUGGUGAUUAUUACAUUCAAAAAAUCAACUCCAAAUCGUCACUAAACUUGAACAAGAGCCAACCACCACUUCCUGGAUCGGCUUCUGUAUCUUCACUCCCAGCCAACAAUAAAAGAAGAAUGUCUCAAGAUUCACUAAUGUCUGCCCAUUCCUCAUCUUCGUCUUUUGAAGACCAUUCCCUGAUUGUAUCAUCACAAUUUGAUGCACCCGUUGCUAGCUCUACCUCAGCCAUCACUUCUUGCACUACACAAUCACAACACAAUCACGGAUCUCAACCAGUUGACUCCAGGCUAAGUUCAAUGACAUCCGCGUCAACAGCAGCUUUUGAAUCAAAAGUGUCUCUAGUUGACAAUGAAUCUGAGAUAUCUUUGGCCAAAACUCCGUCCAAUUUCAAACCACAACCUUUGAAAGCAGCAUCUACAACAAAUGUGUUGAGACCGUUUCCUGUACCACAACCCCCAACUAAAAAGGAACGUUCCAAGUCGGUGACUACAGUGCCAACUUUAAAUCGUACUAAAUCUAAAUUUAUGAGCUCUCAAGAAAGCAAAGAACGUCAAAUAUUGAGAAAGAAGAAAUAUGAGGAAAAUGAUGAUGACGAAGAAAUACUAUCAAACGAUUUGGAUAGUUUAAUCUUUAAUGUUCCCGUGAUCAAAAACAAUGAAUUGUACUCAUUGCAAAAGGGAAGCACUAGUACUCUUGGCAAAUCCAAAUCGAGGUCAAAUUCUGGCUCAUCGAGUACUGUAACUAUACUAUCGAGAAAUGACUUGGUGGGUGAUGAUGAUGACAAGUACAAUAUUCGGCCAUGUCCAUUACCCGGGAAACUAAGCACGACCCAUUUGCCAACACUUAAUGGUACCGGCAAUGAAGACAGCAUACUUGAAGAAGACGAAUCGACAUUUGAUGAUGAUUCAGAAAUCACUGCCAACAUUUCUGAUUUCUAUUCUCAAAGAAGCGCAUCGGUAUCAAAGUUGAUGAAAAUGACAAGGGAGCAAAAUUUGAUGUACAAGUUGCCAUCUUUUAUUAAAUCGCAAUCGUCCUUGGAAGACUUGCAUUUGAUCUCACCUGAAAAGCUCAAUUUUCUUGAUCAAACUAGACCUAUAAACUUGCCACCAAAAUCAUCACUCGACAAAACCAAACACAAUCGAGAAUUCACAAAAAGUCUAAGUCUGUUUGAAUCUGUUGUCAAGACCCAACAUGAUUCAAGGAUCAAAACCGUACAAUCAGCACUUCUUCAUCAACAGCAAUGGAUCAAAACUCUAAACUCGUUGAUGGAGUUAGACACCAAGCACUUCAACAAGAAAUUCACCAGUGAAAAGAAUCAAUUGAGAAAAUUAGCUUGGGAUUGCAAUGUUCCUUCGAAUCUCGCAUUUCAAUUCUUGAUUAAAAUAUUAUCGAAUAAUUACUCAUCGCAAGAUUCGAUACACACUAUUCGUAACCUGUUUGAUUUGUUUGAUCAGAAAUUACAGGGUUUAACUGAUGUAAUGAAGCAGAGCAAGAACCGUGAAUUUAAUAAAAUUAUGGAGUCUGUUUUAUCAAAACCGUUUAUUGCCCAUUCAGGAAUUGAUAUGAGUUUAUUCAAAACCAAUUUUAUUCAUCUCUUAUACAUCAAGAGUAUGAGUGAAACGGGAUUAUCUGAAAGAGACCAUUCCACGAUUCCCAUUAUUCUAGUCAUGUUUCCCAACCAAUCCGUGAUUGACAUCUACUGUCUAUUAGAAUUGGUUAACCAAGAGAUUUUCAAUCGUGAAUUCAUUAGCAGUUAUAGCGCGCCAUCGGGAGAAACGAGUGAAUUAACAUUCAAUGACACAUUCAAGUUGGUACUCCAAUUCAAUGAUUCAUUACCAUUAUCAUUAUCAGCACCAUCAACCCCGAUUGUUGAUCAAGGCAAAUUCGAACCAAUUAAAAGUGACGAAAGUCAGAAUAAUACUAAUUUGGCAUUAACAACCUCAGCAAGUACUGAAAUUGUCACCAAGUUAUUCACGCUACUCAUUAUCAAUUCGCAAUCUACAAAGACAAAAUUGAAGAAUAAUCAAAAAUUGAUCAAACUGUUUAUCAAAACUGUGUUUUUCGAUUUCCAUAUUGGAUGGAACUCAUAUGAUGAAUUGAUUAAACUGAACAAACCCAUUAGGAUUAACAAUUGUUCUGAUCAACGAUUAAAUUUGGAGAAAUUUGUCGCUAGAUGGACAUCGCAUCAUUUUGGUUAA